UCUGUCGCGAUUAGCAUUAAUAAAGAUCUCGUGGCUCGUUUUGCAAAACCGAUUGAAAAUAAAACAUGGGUAAAUUGGAAUGGUGCAAUUAUUAUUUCACCAAAUGCCAUUUUUGAACCGUCUACGCUUGAAGAACUUAUAGAGAUUGUAAAGCUAGCAAAGACAAAUAAUAAAACUAUUCGAUGUGCUGCCCAAGGGCAUAACGAAAAUUCUCUGUCCGUCACAGAGAACUAUCUGGUGGUAGUUACAAAUUUAAAUCAGAUUACAGUGCAAAAACAUCCGAAAUAUGGCUGGACUGCUACUGUUGAAGCAG